CAGCUUUUAAUCUCUCGUCGGCUGUUCAACGGGGAGGAUCAUCAUCUGCCGGUCAGUGCCGGAUGUCGCUCUGCCCCGAUACGUCGAUUGUUUUUUUUUGUUUUACUUACAUUCGCUUGUUGAUUGUUACGGUUCUUUGAAGUUUGUUUUUCUUCAGUUUGUAGAUAACCGAGCCAAUCGGUUGAGGUGCUUUGUGUUGGUGUGUAGGGUUUGUCAACAGUACUCAAAACAUCUAUUUUAGAUAGAGAAAAUGGGCUACUUGCUAAUCCUUGAACUAGCAGUUCUAGCCCUUCUAACGGGCCAAUCCAGUGCCAAGUAUGAGUACCAAACAAAGUACUUGGACGUUCCGCUGGACCAUUUCAGCUACGUCAACGAGAGCGUCACAUUUAAGCUCCGAUACCUCACCAACGACACCUACAAUCCGGACGGAUCCGGUCCGAUCCUGUUCUACACCGGAAAUGAGGGAGACAUCGAACUGUUUGCGCAGAAUACCGGCUUCAUGUGGGAGCUGGCUCCGAAGCUGAAAGCUUCGCUUGUUUUCGCCGAGCACCGGUUCUACGGCAAGACGCUUCCGUUUGGGAACGCCUCGUACGAAUCGCCGCGCCACCUGGGUUAUUUGACCUCGGAGCAGGCGCUGGCCGAUUUUGCGUAUCUGUUGGCGCAGAUUAAUCCGUCCAAUCGGACGGUUCGUGCCCGACCCGUGGUGGCGUUUGGAGGUUCGUACGGCGGAAUGCUGGCCGCGUGGUUCCGCAUGAAGUAUCCGCACAUGGUUGCGGGGGCGAUUGCGGCAUCGGCGCCGAUUCGGCAGUUCGACACGGAUUGUGGCGUUUUCAACCAGAUCCUGACGUCGGUGUUUAGCGUGGCGUACACGAAGGAGUGUUCGCUGAACAUUGGACGUUCGUGGGAUGUGCUGAAGAACUAUUCGUCAUCUGCUGAUGGGUUGAAGACGCUGAACGAGAAGUUCAAGUUUUGCUCGAAUCUGACCAAAGCGGAGGAUGUCACCGGGACCUUCUUCGAUUACCUGAUCGACGUUUACGGCAAUCUGGCGAUGAUCAACUACCCGUACAACUCUUCGUUCCUGGCACCGGUUCCGGCGUACCCGGUGCGUGAGUUCUGCGGUCGCUUGGCCCAGAACUACACCGGAUUGGAGCUGCUAACCAAGCUGCAGGAAGCCCUCGCCAUCUACUACAACUACAAUGGGCAGGCCAAGUGUCUGAACAUCAACUCCUCGUACGACAGCAGCAUGGGCGACCUCGGCUGGGGCUUCCAGUCGUGUACGGAGAUGGUCAUGCCGAUGUGCGCCGAGGGAGGCUCGCGGGACAUGUUCCCCAAGCAGCCGUGGGACGAGAAGAAGUUCUCCGACGAUUGCUUCAAGAAGUUUGGCGUGCGGCCGCGACCGAUCGCACCGGCGUACAUCUACGGGGGGCAGUAUCUGGAGGGUGCCUCAAACAUCGUCUUCAGCAACGGCUUGUUGGACCCGUGGUCCGGUGGCGGCGUUCUGCGCUCCGGAAACUCCAACAUCAAGAUCGUGCUCAUCCCGGAGGGUGCCCACCACAUCGAUCUGCGUGCCGCAGACGACAACGACCCCGGUUCGGUGCGCUCCGCGCGCCAAAUUCACGUGCAAAACAUUCAACUCUGGUUGAAGCAGUACCGGAAGGUGAAGAAGACUUUCUAAAGGGGCAAUCUUUAUUUCCCAUUUCACAAAACACACAGAAAUUAUAUCCACACUUAUUAAGCAAUAAAUCAGAUUAUUUUCGGUCCAAAGAGGGGGGACGCCCGCA